AUGUCCCCUGUUAACUACAUUAAUAGAUUGGAUGGUAGUGGACAUGGAUAUAGUAUCUAUCCACCUGCUCGUCAGAUUGUAUGUGUAAAUAACAAUCAGAAUAGUAUUUGGUGGCCAGAGAAUGGAGAGGGUAUCAAGGACCAGUGGUGCAAGAAUGCCUACCUUCAUGUGUACAACAAGUACCACCAGUCAUCGCCUGCCAACACUCAAUUCGUUCAAAUCAACGAGUACUCUGUGUUGAUCCCCAACUAUUCCCAAGGCCUACCAGCACUAAAGGCUGCCGUUCCAAACGCCAUCUGCUCAGCCCAUGCCAUCAACGAUGCCUCACAGUUUGGUGACAAGUCUGGAAUGUCCAUUCCCAACACAUGGAAGCCCACAGUGAUCAAGGCCCUGACAGGCUCCAACAGUGUGAACAUCACCUACACGUUCUGUGCCACCGCCGCCCACACACCCAGCUACUGGGAGUUCUACGUGACAGUGCCAACAUUCAACGGCAAGACCACAGAGGUGGGUUGGGAUAACCUUGUGUUUGUAUCACGUGUCCAAAACCUCAUGCCAAUCGAUGGAACCUAUCCUGGAUGCGGUGGCAGCAAGCUGUUCAAGACCACUCUCACCCUGCCCAACCGAUAUGCCAACGCCGGUACCCUAGUGGCAAGAUGGCAGCGUAUUGAUCCAGUUGGAGAGUGCUUCAUCAACUGUUCGGACUAUGUGAUGAGUAACUAA